GCGAAACUCUGCGGCAGACGCGGGUGAGAACACGUGGGCAAACAUGAUCCCUCCUCUAUCGGGAUUGCCGUCGCGCGCGGCCGGCGCGUCUCUCCUGACAGUGAAAGGCCGCGGAAGCGGAAGCGGAAGCGGUGGGGCCGGCGGGACCGGGGGGGAAGGCCGCGGGGUUGGAGAAAGCCCCAGCCCAGGCGUUGGCGUUGGCGGCGGCAGCGGGGGGGGGUCGUCGUCCGCCUCCAGGAGAGGCGCGGGGUCUCCGAGAGAUCGUCUUGAUGGUUACCCGGAUGCAGCGGAGAGUGCCCCUCCUCCUUCCACGCGUCUAACUGUCCCUCUCAUGGCUGCGGAGGCGGACACCUCUUGGUCCGUCUUCGCUCCUCCUCCUCCUGCCCCUCCCGGGUCGCCCAUCAGACCCGCCACCCCGAUCGGGACGCCUAAUGAGACGCCAAGGAAGAAGGAGAAGCGCCUGCUCAAGCUCGUCUCGGAGAGUGCUCUGUCGGCUUUCGCCAUCUUCAAGAGUCCCAUCACGCGCCACCCGGAGGCAGCCGAUCAGGAAGAGGAGUUCUUGGACAUGGAAGGCGCCGCAACGGUCGGGAUCGGGAGCGAUAGCGCGGGGGGGGAGUCCCGCCGAGCGAACGGCGAGAACGCGCCGCCGCCGCCCGUCCCUAUGAGCGACGGCGGGGUCCAUGACAGAUUGACGGACACGGCGAAGGGAGUAGUAGCGAUCGGGGCCGGAGGAGGAGGAGGAGGAGGAGGAGGAGGAGGAGGAGGAGGAGUAGGAGGUGGAGGAGGAUCUUGGGAGCUGCAGCAGCAGCAGCCUCCUACUGCGACGAAGAGGAGCGCGACCGAGCCCUCAUCUUCCCCCAUCUCGUCAUCGCCUCCCCCUCUCUCGUGGGACUACUUCCAUCCCACCCCGCGCCGUCGGCGGGGUCCCCCGUUACCCGCCGACCGCUUCCGCCACGAGUCCUCGAUGACCUCCGCUCGGUCAGAGUCCGACACGCCCUCAACACCAUGGCUAAGGGGGAGAGGCAGUGAAGGAGGGGGGGGGGAGUUCUUUGACGCCGCGGAAACCUUCCUCGACUUCAGCAGCGAUGAUGAUGCCAGGAGCGGAAGAAGCCUGGACAGUUAUGCCACUGCCCCGGACUUCGGAAUGAGAGUGGAUAUGGCGUUGCAGCUGCAAUUAGAGGUGAACAGGCGGAUACAGGCGGAGGAGAGCUUGCUGGCGCUGCGGAGGGAGAGGGCAGAACUGCUGCGCCGGUUGGAGAGAAUGAGAGGAGGAGGAGGAGGAGGCGGCGGCGGAGGAGGAGAGCGUGGGGAGAAUAGCACGAGUGUUGUUGAGGGGGGAAAUGGAAACAGGGGGAGUAAGGCGGAAGCGAGGGGGGGCGGGGGGGAGGAGAAGAAAAGGGAGAAGGCGGGGGAGCGGGGGGGGAGCGGUAUUGUGGGGAGCGAUGGAGGGAAAGAAGUGGAAUUACGAGGAGGGGAGGAAGAAGAAGUGGGUUUCGGACUAAGGGAGAGAGAAUUGCGAGGUGGACAAGGGGAGGAGCAGGAGGAGGAGGAGGAGGAGGAAGGAGGAGGAGAGGAGAAUGAAGAAGAAGAAGAUGCAGUGGUCAUUGCGCGGAUGGUCGCGGCGGCCGUGACGCGCGGAGCGUUGAGAGCGGAAAUGGGGGAAUUGGCGGCUGCGAUCAGAAAGAGGGAGAGUGAUAUUGAGAGGCUUCGAGAUAAGAUUCUGUACAGCGAAAGGGUGAAUGCGGAGAUGUCGCGUAGGAGGGAGGAAGCGAUGGAGCUAUUUAGGCAGAGGAGGAGGAGGAGGAAACGAAGACAGGCGCUGAUGUGGACAUCUCUUGCGGCAGCGGCCGGGAUCGGGGUUUGCGCCGUGGUUGCGACGUACGUCUGGCAAAGAGCCACGCACUCCUGGCGUCUCUCGUCGUCGUCAUCGUCGUCGUCGAUCACGUCGACGUCGUCAGCACCUGCUGAUGCCACGUCAGCAUCGGUGGAUGCCGCCCCCGCAUCAUCAUCUGAAUGAGUGCAGACACGUCAGCACCUGAGACCACGUCAUCAUCUGCCCACGUCUGCACCGGAUGAUGCCACGUCAUCGGUCCACGUCGGCACCUGAUGCUAUAUCAGAAUCGCUGCAUAGCGCCUCGGCAUCACCAGAUGCAGUUCCAACAUGUCAGCACCUGAUGCCACGUCAUCGCUCCACGGAAGCACGUGAUGCAACGUCAGCGGUCCACGUCAGCACCUAACGUCAGCGGUCCACGUCAGCACCUGGCGCCCUCGUGCCACGUCAGCACCCGUUGCCGC